AUGAAGCACAUACGCGGCUUGACGUCGAUAACUCAAGCACUUAGACAUACAUUCCUCCCGCCUCUCCAGAGCUCUCCUGCUCAACUUUCUCGCUAUAAUCCUGUGCAUCGCGCAACGCAGCUAAGACUCCUCCAUUCGUCCCACCCUCUCUCCGCUCAGCAAUCCCGACAAAAAAACAAAGAGCAGUCCAAACAGAAACAAAUCAAAGAUGAAGACAUUCAAUCAGAAUUUGUGCAAAUAGUCAAUGAGGCAGGAAAUCUCGAGCAACCCAUACGUCUGCGCGAGGCAUUGCACUCCUUCGAUCGGUCCGAAAAUUUCCUGAUACAAGUGUCCCCAGGUCCCCCUGAUCAACCACCCGUCUGCAAGAUCGUAAACCGACUGGCUAUGCGUGAGCAUGAGCGAGCUAAAGCUAAGGCUGCCCAUGCUACCAAAACUGCAGUCAAGCAGAUUGAGUUGAACUGGGCCAUAGAUCCCCAUGAUCUUACACACCGUCUGAAGCAGUUGACCAGUUUCUUGGAUAAGGGCCGACGAGUCGAGAUUGUCUUGACUAGAAAGAAAGGCAAAAGGGCGCCUACUGUGGAAGAGAUUAGGAAUGUGAUGGAUAGCGUCUUGCAGGUUACAAGGGAAGCCGAUGCGACACAGAUCAAGCCUAUGGAGGGCGAACCAGGAAAACAUGUCACUUUAUUCGUGAAGAAGAGAGACAAUUGA